AGGAGGAGUAGCAGUCCUUUGUCCGCUUCUGCUAAGCAUUAACCAAAAUGGCUUGGAAAAUAGGAAAUCCACCUUCAACUCCAAUGCCACACCAAUCCUUUAUAAGCUCCCCUCUAUUCUUCGCCUGGAACUCCAAACGACCCAACAUCUGAGGAUUCAAUCUCCAAGUCUAUCUGUAAAUCAAUUCUGUGCCAUCCAAGUCCAAUCCUUAUGGGUAUAAUUAGAAGCAGCUUUGCAUUUAUGAUGGGCACAUUGGUUGGGGUUUAUAUUGCCCAGAAUUACGACGUACCCAGCAUUGGAAAGCUGGCAAACACUGGCCUUUUCAUGGCCAAGCACGUAGAAGAGAGCUACCGCAAACCCAAGAACAGCGAAGACGAUAGCCUCAGGGAUUGAUUGAUCUCCUUCCAUAUGCAUGUGAGUGUCUGUGUUCAUUCAUGUUGAGACAAAGUGUUCACCUCUGCAGAGGAAGAUUUAUCUUUUGUGUCUACCUGAGAUCUUGUCACCUGAUAUAGCAGAUUUAAACAGAAAAUCAAAGUAAGUUCCAACACCAAGGGUUGCAUAUAGACAAAUGCACAAAACACAUACAGCAU